AUGAAUGGCACAAAUGCUCGUAUGUACGAAUGGGAAUUUGAUCGUACAUUACGUGUCUCUGUAAGAAAUCCAAGAAUUGACAGAAAAAUAUCAACAGAUACAAGAUUUCUUGUCGAAGCGCGAUUUUUUUAUGGAAAAGGUUCACCAACACAACAAGGCAUUUUGAUGGCUUGGCAUAAUUGUAAAUGUAGAUUUAUUCAUCAUCGCGCUGAACAAUAUAAUAGAAUUAGAGAAAUGCGUAUGCAAACAGACGAACAACGUAAACGUGGUACUGUUCUCAUUACUGAUCAAAUAAAUUCUAAUGCAUAUACUUUAUACACAACUGCAAUAACAAUAUGUUUGCCGUUACCAAUACAGGGCAUACAAGAUGCGAAAAGCAACAAUAGUUGUGUUAUUUUCAUGGACAACUAG